AUGAGUUCUGACGACGAAAACAAGAAGAAAAAGAGGAACAGCAGAAAGAAAUCACAUCGACAGAAAGUAAUUCCCCGACCGCUGGGAGAAACCGUGGAAGGUAUAGAUAAUGACAUUGACACGUUGGAGCUCGAGGAAAAACCGAAUUCCAACAAUGAACCCUGGUUAAAAGAGUCGAAUAAAUUCAAAGCCGCCCAGAAGGGUUCUAAAUCUAUUGGAGAUGCAUUUCUGUUGUAUAAUAACGACAUAAAAGCCGGUGAUAAAUUCAAGAGUUUUAGGACAUCCAGAAGGAAAGACUUCUGUCCCGAUUUCAGCAGAGCCAAAGGAGGACAGUUGGAUGAAUAUACAGCUGAAGACCAAACGCCAUGUAGCAAUGCGAAUAGAGCGCUCAUCUCGUAUUUUGCUGCCUUGGCCUCAUCGAACAAAGAAGAUGACACUGUUGAUUUGGGGUUUGUUGAGAAAAUGCUAGAUAAUAACGCCGACAUUCUGUGUACAGAUAAAUACGGACAGAGUAUUUUACAUGAGGUUGCUAGAGUUUGGGAGACGGACGUUGCUAAGUUUAUGUUGGAUAAAGGUUGUGACAUCAACCAAGGCGAUGAAUUUGGUAGAACAGCGCUCCACGUGGCAGCCGCUGUUGACUACUCAGAAAUGGUAGACUUUCUGUUAGACAAUGGGGCUGAUAUUGAGAUCAAAACGGACGGAGAACAGCAAACCCCCUUACACUAUGCAGCCAAAAAUGAUGCGGGUAAUUCAUUAACAACUUUAAUCAGAAGAGGUGCUCACAUCCAUGCCAGGGACUACAAGAAGAGAACGCCUUUACAAGUGGCCGCUGAAGGAGAUCGCAGUGAAACAGCUCGACUUCUAUUAGAAUUUGGUGCUGAUGCAUCAGAUGAAGAUGACAGUCACAUGUUAGCAUUGGUGUUAAUGAUUACCAAGAUGCCACCUGUGGCCAAAGCAGCCAUGAAUCAAUAUCAUAGAACUGAUAGAGCUAAUAGAAUACAGUACUUUGAUCUGCAUCAUUUGGAACCUUUCAAACCAGAAGAGAAGAGGCCCCCAUGUCAACUACCAUUACAAGUUAUUGUUGAGUACAGACAACACGAUCUGAUUAUACAUCCAGUUAUGAAGAAGCUCAUAAAAACGAAAUGGAAACGAUUUGGAAGUCGUGGGGCAUGGACGCAGACCAUUUUGAACUUUAUUUUCAUUAUGCUGUGGACAGUGAUAGGAGUAACACUACCCCAGGACAGUGACCAGUAUAACUUCCCCGAAGACCUUUGGAGAGUCACAUUAGAAGUCAUAGCACUUGUGUUUACAGUGUACAUGAUCAUAAAAGAAGUACAAGAGUUCUUGAAGUCCAAGAACAAUUUUAAUAAAUGGAAAGAAUGGCGGACUGCUGAGCUUGAGCGAGACAUUGAAUUUUGUCACCCAAGAUGGCCACAGGAAAAAUUGUAUUUGGAAAGAGAGGUUGAAGAAAUUCAGGAUAUGGGACCAUCAUAUUUUAGUGAUUCAUGGAAUUACUUUGACUGGUUUGUGUAUCUUCUGCUGUUUUGUUGCACCAUCCUCCAUAUUGUUGAUAUCGCAUUGGAACAGGACAGCGAUGAAACAGGAGAUGAUAUUCCAAGGCCAUUUAUUGUCAUAUUGGGAAAGGUCAUGGUGGACGUUGCAAUAUUUGCAUAUCUGUACUUGGAGUUCUGGAUUCCAUAUUGCUGUGCUUUCUGGAUGAUAUUUGGAGUGACUGAUUUAGUUUUAGGCAUGGAAUCUUUUUAUUCUGUUGGUUAUAGCCUGUUUCGUAUGACAUUAGUUGAUGACUAUGAUUAUGAGGGUAUGAAGGCGGUUGACCCAAUUAUGGCUGAUAUUCUAUGUGGUACAUUUUUAGCUAUAUCUGCUAUAUUCUGUCUCAGCAUGCUGGUCGCAUUAAUAUUCCAUACCUUCCAAAGCUUUUAUGACAAUGCAAAAUCCAUUGCUGCGAUGCAAAGGGCUGCAAUUAUCCUGGAUAUUGAAAAAGAACUCUCAGAGAAGCAAAGACAGAAAUUUGUGACUCACAUAUGGGAUAAAUGUGCUCCAGAAGCAUUGUACUACGACGAUGACAUCACAGGACCGGAUGCUGAUAAUGACGUGAAGAAGAUAACCGUUCAAAUUAAAGAUGAUCUUGAUGAAAUGAGUGAAGCCCUUAGAACAGCUAUUGUUACAAACACACCUGGUACGAACAGCCUCAACGAUGAAGUGCGAAGUUUGAAAGCAGAUUUGGAGGACUUGAAGAAAGCACACGAAAUGCAGUAUGAUGAUACCAAGAAAGAUGUUCAGAAUAUUUUGAAAAUUUUGAACGAACUCUUGAGAAGAGGUGGUAGAGGCGGUAGUGUUGGUGACAGUUUCACCCGAGAGGAUCCGGGUAACCAAACUGGUCGUGGAGGCAACUUUGAUCCGAGGGGUAAUGAUGAUGAUGAUGAGGAAGAUGGAGAUGAUGAUUACCUUGGUAUGAGUAGAUCACAUAGACCAAUCAGUACUGCCGACGACCCAAGACUACAAACAUUACAACGUAUAUACACAGCUCAGUUGAUGGCUGCUGAUAAUGAAAGUUCUUUGCGUACCAGAGGUAACUCCCCACAACACUACAGCAGGUCGUCUUCUGUUCUUCCAGAUUCAUUGCUGGAACCUGGCACUAACCGGUUCAGUAUUAUGGAGGAUUUUCCACCAAUACCUGGCUCUAUUAAAGAGAAAUCCCCAUCGGCAUCUGCAGAGAAAGCGAAGUGA